AUGUUAGAAGCUGCGGAGUCUCCAGCGAUCGGCUGGGAUCUUUAUGUCAGCAGGUCAGCCAUUGGCACUUUGGAACAGGAUGGCAGGGCCAUGGCAGGUGUGGAGGUGGUUCGACUUCAAUUGGCGUCCGACAGAGCUUCGAAAGUUAGAGCCGUCCUUCAUCCGAAUGGGAGCGGUUCAGUGAAGCUCAGUGCAGAAUUUCGGCUUCCUUCCUUCGAUGAUUUCACUGCGCAGGAGCACACAGUGGUGAAGCUCAUGAAGGAUUUGGGAUACAGGUGGCUGGAUUUGGAGACCUAUGGCAACAUCCAAAGCAGGGCAAUUUUCAGGGGUGGUGGGCCUUUCAUGUUGCCAGAUUCUCCAAACCUGACUGCUGAAGCACUUAGACGGCUAGGUUUCUUGGACGAUGGUUUAAAUGGCAACCUUGCUGAAGCCAUGCUUGUGUUUGCAAAUCUCUCUGACAACAAAAACACAUUGAGGAGACUGGGCAUGUUGCCUGAUCCUGAGGACAAGAGCCUUGACGUCGAGAGGAAACUACGUUCGGCAUUUCUCUCCACUGCAUCUCCAGGAAAGUGGUGCAGGAAUGAAACUGCUCUUUCCCAGAAGGUGUUGCAAACCCUGGAGAGGGCAGACAUGCUUCCUCAAAAAGGUCCCUCUGAGUACUCCCACGAAGAGAUAUUUGAAGCGAUGAAGUCUUUUGUCAGUCGACAGAAGCUACCUCGCAUGCACACAUUCAAUGGUCUGCGUUUCAGGAUUCGUCGCUACAUUGAAAGAAAGAAUCCAAGCAUGAGGAAAGAGGCGCUUUGGUGCGUUGCCGUGGUGACUUUGCUGCGAUCCACCUGCUUCGUGCAGGCCCCUGCGCGCACUCUGGAGACUCAGCAGCUGCGAGCAUUAGAGACGGCCACUCUGUCCACUGGUCUCUCCAUGGCAGGAGCCCUGCCGGCCUUCGCCACAUGGGGGGAGGGCUCCGAGCCCGGCCAGAACAUCGACCCUGACUCCACAGAGUACUACAACCGCAAGGUGUUGAAUGCCACGGCCAUUUGCCUCACCUUUGCGGUCUUCCUCUUUGGCCUGGUCGUGAGCCAGGCUAGGAAGUUGGUGGAGAACAAGUGGUUGAACUGA